AUGAAGUUCGCGUGGGCAACUUCGCUUCUGCUCCUCUCCACAAGGGUCUCCUCCCUGGCCAUCAACGGAUCCCAGAUCACCGAUCUUGCCGAACGAGAUGUGGAAAACUCCACCGACCUCUCUCACCUCGUGAGCCUCGAAAAGCGCCGUGGCGGCGGCGGAGGUCGCGGCGGGAGCAGCGGAGGGAGUAGCGGGGGUCGCAGCGGCUCAUCCAGUUCCAGCAGCAGUUCCGGAAGCAGCGGUGGCCGAACCGGCUCAUCGAGUUCCAACUCUGGCAGCUCGGGCAACUCAGGUAGUUCGGGCAGCCGCAGUGGCUCCAGCAGCAACGUCGGCGGCACCACCAGUUCCGGCUCCGGCACCAGGGCCUCCUACGGCGGCGGCCGUUACUACGCCGGCGGUGCCACCACCCCCUACACAGCCGGCUCUCGCUCCAAGGGCUCCAACAUCGCACCCUACGUUCUCGGCGGUGCUGCCUUGGGCUUCUUCCCAGGUCUCUGGCUCUACAGCGCCUAUGCUUACCCAUACUCCCACAACUACCACUACUACAACCAGAAUGCGCAUAAGAACGAGACUUAUCCCGUGAUCUGCGUUUGCCAGGAGUAUUCUGAGUGUGGGUGCGACGAUAAUGUGAAUCGCACUUACUACGAGUCUCUAUUCAAUGGCACGGAGCCGAAGAACUCAAGCGUUGUGCGCGUCGUCAAGGAGAAUGGGACUGAGACUAUCUAUAUCAAUGGUACUCUGCCUAAUGGUACGACUGCGGCUGAUGGAGGCUCGACUUCUGGGGCUUCGCCGCUGGCUACUGUCCUCAAUGCUAGUGGGCUUUGGGUGACUGUUGUCGUGGUAGUCGGCGCGGUCUGGUUCUAA